AGACGCUAUAGGCAGAUGGCUGUGCACAUCUCCAAAACUCAGACUACACCACUAGCACCUCUGCUUGAUCUCCCAUCUCUCGUAUCCAUCUGACGUGCACGCUGCCAUCGCCGCUGCCUCCUGUCUGCCUCCUGCCCCCUCAGUCUGAGCUGGGGAAGCUGAACAGUGGCGCAGCCUGCGUCCAUCCAACCCCGGACAGGAACAUUACCUCUCCGGACUCAACUGGAAGCUCCCAUCGGUCACUCAGGGUCUCACUAUGGGUCACCACGGAGGAGGAGGAGGAGCCGGUCCGGGACAUGCACUUUAGCUCCGUAUUGGAACAUCGACUUGGAUCGUAAACGCGAGUCAAGCAUCGUUGAUUUAAGACGCGCCUGUGGCAUUCCGUGCGCGAUACUCGCCUAACCACGGAUUUCGUUUUCUCCCCUGGUUCACGUGGAAAUGUGGAGCGCAACUUGUAGUUUUAUUAGUACGGAUUCACAAACGAGAUGACAACUGAGUGAAGAAUGGUGCCCAAGUAGCAUUUAAUAAACGCGUAAAAUGAAAAUGAAAGCGCGCGAUCUUUAUCACUGAGUUGCGCUCUGUCUAUUUAGUUCUGAUUUAGACUUAAGUUUCACGUUUUUUUUCCUCGUUAGAAAAGUUUUUGCCUUGGAGGCGAAGGGGGAUGGCAGCGCAGAGCUUGCCAAAAUCCCGCAUGGAGUAUUUGAGUGCGUUUGUGGACGAGUGGCGAUUACUUUUGGGGUGAACACAGACGACGAUGUGCGUCCAGAUAGCGGAGUCCUGCAGCGGGAGGGGAGAGCAGAGGAAACACUGCUGCGUCCCGGGACCACAGGUGUUCUUCCUCAACAGUGACGUGACUUCAAAUCUCAAGAUGCACAGCUGUGGUUAGAGCAUCUACACUGCGCUCCCUUCGUUUCCUCUCUACUGCCUCCUGCCUUCUUGUCCUGUCUCCUCUCUUCUUCCUCUUGUCGUUUUCUAUCUCUCCUUCUCCCCUCACUCCUGCUCCCCUCUGUCCCUGUGCCCCCCUCCAGCCCCCCUGGCCUGCAGCACACAUGCAGGCCAAGAAGCGGUAUCUGCUUGUGUCUGUGGGGGCCGGUCUUCUCUUCCUCCUUUACCUGUGGGCUCUACAAGUCGGGGAUUACCACCAGAACCAGCCAAACCAGUACCACUAUAACAGACACUUCUCCCAGUUCCCCCAGUAUCCUCAUCAGUACCAGCAGUACCAGGAGUACCCCUACCAUCAGCGAGGCGGAGCGGAGAGCGUGGAGGCGUUUCUGCCCGGGCCCCAGCCUCUGCCCCAGAGAAGCCCCUCUCGACUGCCCCGACACUGGACCGGGACCACAGAGCCACUGGAGCCCUACCUGGAGGGAGGAGAGCAGGAGGAGGACAGCCCGCAGCUGCAGCACCAGCACACGUCUCCUCGUGAACGCCGGGCCAUCCGCGACAACAUCUACAGGAACAGGCGCUGCCGCAUGGAGACCUGCUUUGACUACAGCCGCUGCCAGUCUGGCUUUAAAGUGUAUAUCUACCCUGCACAGAGGGGGGAUGAGAUCUCCGAGACCUACCAGAAGAUCCUGUCCGCCAUCGAAGAGUCGCGCUUUCACACCGCUGACCCCUCCAAGGCCUGCCUCUUUGUUCCAUCUGUGGACACGCUGGACCGGGACUUGCUUUCCAGCCAGUAUGUCCAGAACGCCCGCACUCGGAUACAGAGCUUACCCAUGUGGAACGACGGCAAGAAUCACCUCAUUUUCAAUUUGUACUCAGGCACGUGGCCGGACUACACUGAGGACUUGGGGUUUGAGGUGGGACAGGCCAUGCUAGCCAAGGCCAGUACUGAUGUGGUCAACUUCAGACCCAACUUUGAUAUCUCCAUCCCUUUAUUCCCAAAGGAGCACCCACUGAAGGGAGAGGCAGUGGGCUAUGUGACUCUGAGCGACGCACCGCCAUCCAGGAAGUACCUGCUUGUUUUUAAAGGGAAGCGCUACCUCACGGGGAUCGGCUCUGAGACCAGGAAUGCCCUUUACCAUAUCCACAACGGGGACGAUAUUAUCCUGCUGACUACCUGUAAGCACGGCAAGGACUGGGAGAGGCACAAGGACACCCGCUGCGACCGGGAUAAUCAACAGUACUCAAAGUUUGACUAUCAAGAGCUGCUCCGGAACUCCAGUUUCUGUCUUGUCCCUCGCGGUCGACGUCUGGGAUCUUUUCGUUUUCUGGAGGCUCUACAGGCUGCAUGUAUCCCGGUGAUCCUGAGUAACGGCUGGGAGCUGCCCUUCUCUGAGGUCAUCGAUUGGAGGAAGGCGGCCGUCAUCGGAGAUGAGAGGCUGCUGCUACAGGUGCCCUCCAUCACCCGGUCCGUGGUCCGUGACAGGAUCCUGGCUCUGCGCCAACAGACCCAAUUCCUAUGGGACGCCUACUUCUCCUCUGUGGCCAAGAUUGUCCUAACCACCCUGGAGAUUAUCCAGGACCGUGUGGACUCCCAUAUCUCCAGAAAUCAUUUGUUGUGGAAUUUGUUGCCCGGAGGUCUCUAUGCACUCCCCCAAUACUCUACUGACCCCUCGCAGUUCCCCUUUUACUACCACAAACUGGGUAAAAGCCCCAUGCAGCAGUUCACGGCGGUCAUCCACACAGUAACCCCGCUCCAGGCACAGAUCUCCCCUGUGUUAAAGCUCAUCAUCGCUGUGGCCAAGUCCAAGUUCUGUGCACAGAUCGUGGUUUUGUGGAACUGCGACAAGCCUUUACCUCAGAGGAACAAGUGGCCCUCCACCAGUGUGCCUCUCUCUGUCGUCCAAGGACACAACCAGAUGAUAACCAGCCGCUUUUUCCCGUAUGACGCCAUUGUUACAGAUGCUGUCCUCAGUCUGGAUGAAGACACUGUUCUGUCCACCAAUGAGGUGGAUUUCGCCUUCAUCGUGUGGCAGAGUUUCCCAGAGAGGAUUGUGGGAUAUCCAGCCCGAAGUCACUACUGGGACAGCUCCCGGUCGCGGUGGGGGUACACCUCGAAAUGGACCAAUGACUACUCCAUGGUACUAACAGGGGCAGCCUUCUACCACAGGUACUAUCACUACUUGUUUACACGGUACGUCCCGGCCAAUCUGCUGAAGACAGUGGACCGCAUGGCCAACUGCGAGGACAUCCUCAUGAACUUCCUGGUGUCAGCUGUAACUAAGCAACCACCUAUCAAAGUCACGCAGAAGAAGCAGUACAAAGAGACCAUGAUGGCACAGGGCUCAAAGACGUCCCGCUGGGCAGACCCGGACCACUUUGCUCAGAGGCAGACCUGCAUGAACGCCUUCAGCCGCUGGCUUGGCUUCAUGCCCCUGGUGCACUCCCAGAUGAGGCUGGAUCCUGUACUCUUCCGGGACCAGGUGUCUAUCCUGAGGAAGAAGUACCGUGACAUAGAGCGAUUGUGAGAGGAGGACACGCCCCUCUGAAUCCAGAAAAUAUAAGGCAAUGAGAGCGUACACAUGCAAUGGACAUAAAAAUGAUUGAACACUAAAAUAUGUGUUCAGAAUCUUAAUCAUAUUUCUAUAAAACUCACAAUACAGUCUUUAUAGCAGUGAGUAUUUACACAUAUCCUCUAUGUGUGAGGAUGCAACCCAACAGUGUAACAUGCAUGGACCCACAUGCAACAAGAGCUAGACAAAGCCAAAGGACACAGCGGCUUGACUGCUGAGAAACUCUUCAGUGUUGCAUGGUUUGAAUACAGUGGAAAGUAGUUGUGUUAGAGAGAGAAAGUAUAUACAAGAUAGUGGGCCCUAAAUCUGGACAGAACUGAAGUCACAUGAGCCCUAUAUAUUGAGAGACUAUGGCAACUAAUCUAUUGUACAGUAAUGUAGA